AUGAGAGGAGGCCAAAGAGAGUUCCAUAAGAAUGGCACCCCUUUGAAGAGGACCACUGUCAAUACAGAAGAGGACACUGUCAAUAUAGAAGAGGACACUGUCAAUACAGAAGAGGACCACUGUCAAUACAGAAGAGGACACUGUCAAUACAGAAGAGGACACUGUCAAUACAGAAGAGGACCACUGUCAAUACAGAAGAGGACCACUGUCAAUACAGAAGAGGACCACUGUCAAUACAGAAGAGGACCACUGUCAAUACAGAAGAGGACACUGUCAAUACAGAAGAGGACACUGUCAAUACAGAAGAGGACCACUGUCAAUACAGAAGAGGACACUGUCAAUACAGAAGAGGACACUGUCAAUACAGAAGAGGACACUGUCAAUACAGAAGAGGACACUGUCAAUACAGAAGAGGACACUGUCAAUACAGAAGAGGACACUGUCAAUACAGAAGAGGACCACUGUCAAUACAGAAGAGGACCACUGUCAAUACAGAAGAGGACACUGUCAAUACAGAAGAGGACCACUGUCAAUACAGAAGAGGACACUGUCAAUACAGAAGAGGACACUGUCAAUACAGAAGAGGACACUGUCAAUACAGAAGAGGACCACUGUCAAUACAGAAGAGGACCACUGUCAAUACAGAAGAGGACCACUGUCAAUACAGAAGAGGACCACUGUCAAUACAGAAGAGGACACUGUCAAUACAGAAGAGGACCACUGUCAAUACAGAAGAGGACCACUGUCAAUACAGAAGAGGACCACUGUCAAUACAGAAGAGGACCACUGUCAAUACAGAAGAGGACCACUGUCAAUACAGAAGAGGACCACUGUCAAUACAGAAGAGGACCACUGUCAAUACAGAAGAGGACCAAUACAGAAGAGGACCACUGUCAAUACAGAAGAGGACCACUGUCAAUACAGAAGAGGACCACUGUCAAUACAGAAGAGGACACUGUCAAUACAGAAGAGGACCACUGUCAAUACAGAAGAGGACCACUGUCAAUACAGAAGAGGACACUGUCAAUACAGAAGAGGACACUGUCAAUACAGAAGAGGACACUGUCAAUACAGAAGAGGACCACUGUCAAUACAGAAGAGGACACUGUCAAUACAGAAGAGGACACUGUCAAUACAGAAGAGGACACUGUCAAUACAGAAGAGGACCACUGUCAAUACAGAAGAGGGCCACUGUCAAUACAGAAGAGGGCCACUGUCAAUACAGAAGAGGACACUGUCAAUACAGAAGAGGGCCACUGUCAAUACAGAAGAGGGCCACUGUCAAUACAGAAGAGGACACUGUCAAUACAGAAGAGGACACUGUCAAUACAGAAGAGGACACUGUCAAUACAGAAGAGGACACUGUCAAUACAGAAGAGGACACUGUCAAUACAGAAGAGGACCACUGUCAAUACAGAAGAGGACACUGUCAAUACAGAAGAGGACACUGUCAAUACAGAAGAGGACACUGUCAAUACAGAAGAGGACACUGUCAAUACAGAAGAGGACCACUGUCAAUACAGAAGAGGACACUGUCAAUACAGAAGAGGACACUGUCAAUACAGAAGACAGUCCUGGAACUCGCUGCUGCUCAGUUAUAAAACUUCCCCAAACAAGCGACGAGUCUGUACAAAGUUAAAUGAAUAA